CAGUUGGUGCUGUUGUGAAAAUCCGCAGUAGCACCAGGAUGUGGGUGUUAAAAGUGAAUAUUUUGAUGUUUUUAUUUUAUUGUUCGAGUUUGUGUAGCUCGUACGCGCUACAGGAUGUAACGACUGACCUUUUUGGAACUGAAAAUCACGGAACAGUGGCAGCUUUCGGAGAUUUAAACUCGGAUAAACAAACAGAUAUCUUCAUCAUCAGAGAGAAGGCGGAAGUGGUAAUAUUCCUGGCUGAUCCUAAAACACCUUACUUCAAACCAAAAGUUCGCAUCACUAAGGAUCUCCUCUCAAGUGCUGUGAUCACCAGUGUGGUUCCGGGUGAUUAUGAUGGCGACUCUCAGAUGGAUGUCCUCCUCACUACUGAGAGCAAUGAUAGGACGAAUGUGUUCAUCUUCUGGGGGAAGAACACAACACUGGAUCUGGGUGAUUCACUCCAACUGAACAAGACUUUUACUGACCAGCCUCUCAUUAUGGACUUCAAUGGAGACAUGAUUCCAGACAUUUUUGGAGUUACCAGUACCCCUUCCACCCCUGUGUAUGAAGUCUGUUAUCUCACCAAAAGGGUCCCAGAAUGGAAGAGUGCAUUGAGUUCCUCUGUUAGUCUGCACAAGCCUCACUCUAAUGCAUUUAUUGAUCUCAACAAAGAUUUUACUGCAGAUUUGUUCCUGACGACCCAAGGGCCAAAGUUUGAGACAUGGAUCAGUAAGAAUGGAAACUUUACCAAAGAAGAGAUCAUGCCAUCUGCACCUCCAGCAAACCUAGACAAAAUUGGACAGUCAUCUUUCAUCGAUUUCAAUGGAGACGGCGUUCAGGACCACCUCCUGCCUGUCUGUUUGGAUGCAGCCUGUCAGCAGAGUGCCAUCUACUUCACCACCACCACCGCAGAGGGCAAGGCAGAGUGGGUCCGGGUGCUGUCAGAUUUCCAGCACCGUGGUACAGUGUGGAGCUUUGUGCAAGAGGAGCACAGUCCAACCUUGCACCUUGGGGACUACAACCUGGAUGGCUUCCCUGACGCCCUGGUGAUCAUGCGCAACACCACUGGAAGUGGUCAGCAGGCCUUCCUUUUGGAGAAUGUGCCCUGUAAUAACGCCAGUUGCCGCAGUGUGGGAAGAAUGUUCAGCAUCCACUGGGACCAAUCAGAUUUAGGGGCCAUCCAAAACGCUGUCAUGGCAACAUUUUUUGACAUCUAUGAAGACGGAAUAUUAGACAUGCUGGUUCUGAGUCGAGGCGAGGGCAAAGACUUGAUCAUCCACGCUUUGAAGAACAAUUUUGAAGCAGACGCCUAUUUCGUUAAAGUGAUGGUUCUGAGUGGCCUAUGUUCCAACGAAUGUCCGGAGGGCAUCAAGCCAUUCGGUGUUAACCAGCCUGGCCCGUAUGUCAUGUACACUACAGUGGACUCAAACGGCAACCAGAAAAAUGCCUCAGCCGGCCAGUUGAGCCAAUCUGCGUACUUCUCCCUCCAGCUUCCCUACACUGUGCUGGGCCUCGGACGCAGUGCCAACUUUCUGGACCAUCUAUUCGUGGGCAUCCCGAGGCAACCAGGAGAGACGGAAAUAAGGAAACAGGAGUGGACCGCCAUUAUUCCCAACUCUCAACUUAUUGUCAUCCCUUUUCCACACAAUAAACCCCGCAGUUGGAGCGCCAAGCUGUACCUGACUCCUAGCAACAGUGUGCUUCUGACGGCCAUCGCUUUGAUCGGAGUGUGCGUGUUCAUCCUGGGCAUCAUCGGUAUCCUCCACUGGCAGGAGAAGAAAGCAGACGACCGGGAGAAGAGACAAGAAGCUCACCGAUUUCACUUCGACGCCAUGUGAAGAGAUAAAGGGACAUUUUGGACACAUGAUUUCACGCAUCACCGUUCGUAUUCACAUUCUAGAUCACAUUUCAGCAGCCGAAAAAUUGAGUCUCAUUUGCCCCUAAAACGUUUUCUUUUUGAAUAUUUUCUGUCCUCCAGUCAGAUGUUAAAAAUGUAUGCUCCGUGUUAUUUAUUCAUUCCUGUGUUAGAAGUACAGGGUGGCUACAAGGCUACGCAAAAAGGAGAAAUCUUCAAGAGAAUCCAUCUUGGCCCCUGAUGUAUUCAUUUUUACCAUUACAGUAUCUUUUAAUCAUACGACAGAUUUUGCUAAAAGGGGCACUAUGUAACUUUUCUGGUGGAGGGUUCGCCUCCUGCUGGUCUCCAUGGUGAUCCUACUGUUUUUAAAUAUAUCCAACUAGCACUUCAAUUCAAUUACAGGUUUUAAUGGCUAAAAAAUUGCUUGGAAAACAUGCUUUCUUACUGUGAAUAUGGUUGUUUCUUCACAAAACUGACCUGCAAAAUGCCAUAUUGCAUAACAUUCGAGGCUAAGCAAUAACAUCACCAUGGAGACAAAUAUAUUUCUGCCCCUCUACCUGAAAAGUUACACAGUGUGUCUUUAAGCUACCAGGAAAUGUGUUUAGUUUACUGUCUUUUCACUGUACAAACUGCACCUUUUCUACUUGUUACUUGAAAUCCGCUUUGGUUUUGUCAAUUUGUCCUUGUCAAAAACCCUUCCUUUUUAUUUCCGAAUGGGAUUUUUUUUUUUUUUUUUUUUUUUUUUUUUUUUUACUUUGCUCACUGCCAUGCAACUUGUUCAAAGUUAACGAAACGCAGAUGCACAAAGUUGCUGAAAAAUGUCAGGCUACCAAUCUCACUUAUAAUGAUUAAUCACCUCUCAGUCAUCGGGCUUUGAUUCUGUCUGUUGGACUGCAGUGCAUGAUGGGAGUGCCAAAUACUUUUGAGUUGCGUCUUUUAAACCUCCAAUUUGUGAAACUACUGAAACAGUCUAAAAAUGUUUGUUUGAAAGAGGCUGCUCCAAAAUGUUUUUUUUAUUUACAUUUUAUAUUUAUUUAUGCUUUUCUAAAAUAAACGCAGCUACAUUUAUUGCAGUUGUUUGUUCUGCAAGAAGGAGCCUGUGCUUUUCUAAGGGGUUUGCACUUUUUAAACUAAUGAUUAACUGUGGGUGUGUGUAAUUUAUUUUGUUCAAUGAAGUUGAUUUAAAGUGAAUGUUAAAAUUACUAAAUGUCUCUGUGUUGUCGCUGUGAAUAAAGGUUUCUCCAGAUUAAACAAAUGUA